AUGGAAAAUCUGACAACGAGCCAACGACCGGUAUGUGGAAGAAGAGGAUCGCAUGAAUCUUGGUGUCGUUUGAUAGGGAAGGAAACAACCGAUGGUGGAGGAAUGAGGUCGUCGGUGCUUGUGGCUACUGUUGGGUGGAGAUCUUCCCGACGAAUGGCGGAGCCGGUCACUGACGACAAUGAUUAUGCCCUACAACGUCAACUUGCAGUUGUCGACGAUGUCCCCCGCUCCGAUGGCCUUCGCGUCGACAAGUAUUACAUUGAGUCAGAAACAGGGCGCAAAUUUCGAUCUAGAAGAGAAGUUAAGAGAUACUUGAAUGUUGAAGAAUAUAAAUCUACUAGAUCCAGGCCUUUGAGACUUGCUUACAGAAUUAAGAAUACGUUGGAUCUGAAGAUGAUUACAUCUCAAGCAAAUUAUUACAAUGAUCCAAAUACUGAACGAAAGUUCCGAUCUUUAAAAGAUGUUGAAAGGAACCUUACAAAAGGAUCUACACCUACUAAAUCAACCACCAAGAGGCUAAAAUACCAUGAAAAGCAUCUGCAUAGUUUCAGUAGUCGAAAGAAAAUCGCCUCUAGAGGAAAGAUGCUGGAUUUUGAAGAGGAUAAAUAUAAUCAAUAUCAAUUAGUAAAUGUAACUCCCACAAGUUUUCAAUCCUCCUCCACUUUCUCUCUCCCUGAUGGUUGGAUUGUGGAAGAGAUCCCCCGAAAAACCAAAGACCAUAUCGACAGGUAUUAUUAUGAGCCAGGGACUGGACAGAAGUUCAGAUCAUUGACAGCUGUCCAGAAGCACAUAGCAGAACUUGAAGAAAAUGCUCCUUUAUCUGUAGUACUUGAAGAGCUUAGAGAAAAUAAUUUACCAAUUGCCAAGGCUUUUAAAUUAAGCAAUUCUAUAAAGAAUCAUGGGUCAUAUGAUUCAUGGAAGAAAAGUGUUUUGAAAAAGGAUGAAGCUUCAUCAUCAUUUACCACUAGUCCUCCAAGCAAAAUCAAUUGGGUUAUUGCUAGUAGUGGAGGGCAAAAUUGGAAUGCUUUUAUUGGUGAUAAUCCGAUUCCGGAUUCUCUCAAGCAAGAAUGGAAUGAGCGAUUCCUGUUGGCCAUUGGUAAUGGGAAUCACAAUCAACCGCUUUCAGCAUAGCAACAUUUGGUGUAAAAUGGAAUUUCCAUUCCAUUGUAUAUUUUUCCUUGGUUUGUACAUCUUUCAAAUAAUUUAGAAGGUAAUAAUGACAGAUGUCGAUUUUUUUAUUUUAUAAACGCAUGUUUGGAAAUAAAUUAGCUUCUAUUUA